CUGCACUAAGCGGAAGGUGAAAUGAAGCUAAACUCAGUAUGGUGUUCGCUUUGAAUCCAGUUGAAUUCAUCAGGUUUUAAUGUUUUAAUUUAGCAAUUUGAGUCUUUUUGAUAUUCCCUUUUCUAACAAUAAUUAAAAUUUACGUGUCUCAUGCCUAAACUAUCCACAAGAAGAAAGCCUUGAUUGGCUUUUGGGCAAUAACAACAAAAACAAAGCCGGCAAUACAACAAAAGCGUUUUCUUCGGGAAGAGGUAGUUUCUUCAGAAUGCAACAGAAUAAUAAAGAUGAAUAUGCAAAUCCCUACCCCGACUUUGACGCAAACAACGGUCAUGGCAUUUGGGACUUGUCUUCAAAACAGCUCGACAAAACGUUAGUGAAUAAGAUCCAAAGUGCAGCGAACCAGUUUACGGAGACUGUUAAUACAGAAGGAGACCGGACAAGUGAUUACUCUGUGUAUACCGGCAUCACUGGAAUUGCUCUGCUAAACUUCUUGAUUUCACAGCGUUUCAAUGACUCAAAAGCGUUGGCGAAAGCGGACGAUUUGCUACGUAGAGCCCCCAUGAAAGUACACAAGAGCCGUAUAACCUUCCUCCAGGACACAGGCCCAGUGGCUGUAGCCGCUGUCGUGGCACACUACCUCGGCAAGGCUUCCGAGGCCAAGAAAAAUGUCUCCAGGCUCAUGGCAAUUUUGGAUGAUGUAAUCGCAUCUAACCCGGAGACCCCAGACGAGUGCUUGUAUGGAAGAGUUGGUUACCUUUACUCCUUGCUGUUUGUGAGGAAACACCUUGGUCCCCAGUCUAUUGACCCCGCUGCACUAAAGAAGGUGGUGGGUGCUGUCCUGUCGUCAGGCAAGUCUCGCGCUGCCCUGCUCCGCAGCAAGGUCCCGCUGGUGUUCCAGUGGCACGGAAAGAACUACUACGGCGCGGCUCACGGUGUCUCCGGCAUACUCCAGCUCCUACUACAGUCAGGUGUGCUGUCUGCGGAGGAUAAAGUCCAGCUAAUCAAGCCCACUCUGGAUGACCUGAUAGCUCAGAGGUUACCCUCCGGGAAUUUCCCUUCAUCCCAGGGCAGUCGCAGUGAUCGGCUGGUGCAGUGGUGCCAUGGAGCUCCAGGCUUUGCUGAAUUGUUAGCCACAGCUUAUAAGGAGUUUGGUGAGGAACGCUACCGCACUGUGGCACUGGAGAGUGGUGAGGUUGUAUGGCAGAGAGGACUGUGUACCAAAGGCUACAGCAUCUGUCACGGUGUCUCCGGCAAUGCCUACACCUUCUUGCAGCUGUACCAGAUGACUGGGGACCCAAAGCACCUGUACCGAGCGGGCUGCUUCGCUGACUGGUGCCUCUCCCUCCCCAAACAUCAGCAGCUGCAACCAGACAGACCUUUUUCGCUGUUUGAAGGAUUGGCUGGCGUUGCGUACUUCCUCGUGGAUGUCCAGGAUCCCAGCAAGGCAGGGUUUCCUGCCUACAACCUACAACUGUGAACUAGGGCUCAUGCCUUCCUACUGUUGCUCACAUUUUAAUCAAUAACAAUCAAAUUAUUGUUGUUUAAUAUUGUGCAAAUUUGAAUUGGCAAUGCAUAUUUAUUUAAUGUUAAAUUAGCACCAUGAACAUAAUUAACGUUUAAUUAUGAUCCUUGAUCUUAUAAUUUAGAACAGUAAGUUUAAUAAAUUAUAAGAAUACA